AUGGCGCCAGUAAAAGUAGAUAUAUGGUCAGACUUUGUAUGUCCAUUUUGCUAUUUAGGGUGGCGCAAAUUACAAGCUGCUAUUGAGCAAAGUGGCUUGGAGGUUGACCUAGAGUGGCAUUCGUACGAAUUAAACCAGACUGCUCCACCUUGCUAUGAAGGCACUUUGCCGGAGUUUUUAGCCGAAAUCAUGGGGGGCGAGCCCGUAGAGCGAGUGGAGGCGUCGCUUGAUAUUCUAUCCGAGAAAAUGAAAGAAUGGGGUAUCGAAUAUAACUGGAAGGAUGCGAAGAAUGGAAAUACUUUCAAUGCACAUCGCAUGUCUAAACUGGCUUUCGAAAAGGGAUUAGGCAAAGAGUAUCGAGAACGCAUGUAUAAGGCGGUACACAUUGACGGUCUUCCAAUUGGAGAAAAAGAAGUUUUACGAAAGCUUUCUAUUGAAGUAGGCCUUUCAGAAAAGGAAGUCGACGAGGUACUCGACGGCAUCGUGUACACCCAGGAAGUACGAGCCGACGAGUACGACGGAAUAGAACGACAAAUUCAAGCUGUUCCACAUUACGUCUUCAGUAACAAUAUUGUCAUAUCUGGCGCCGCAAGUAAAGAGCGUUUUCUCGCUGCGCUGCUGGGCAGAGACUGCAAUGGAGAGGGAACUGAAUGGCAACCGACCCCAAAUUGUAGUGCCAACUUGCACAACACUGGUGGUUGA